GAAUCAGCGCACUGAGACACAAACCAAACCGUCCCUCGAGCUUCGGCUGCUCUGGCCUUUUCACCCAGGAAUCUUACUGGUGGAACCAGCCUGGGGGAAUUACUUCCCGCUUCAUUGUAGUUUGUAGCUAUAAAAUUGAACGAUUAGUCUUACGUAGGGCCAGAGGACGUUCUCAUUGGACACCACUUGAGCGGGGGCCGGGAAGAAGGCGGAGCACAAAUCCAAGCGGAAGUAAGGCGUCGCGUCGCUGAUUACGUAAUACUGCUGCGGCCCGACAGUUCCACUGGCUCGCGUGUACGCGGCUGCCAGCUUCCAGUACUUGGUGCUUGGCUCCUCUAGUGCCUGCGAUCUUUGCUCCGAGGCCAGCUACGGCUCAGCUGUCACCUGAAUAUGGACUCCGCCAGCCAAGAUAUCAACUUGAAUUCUCCUAACAAAGGUGUGCUGUCUGAUUUCCUGACUGAUGUCCCUGUUGACCCAGGUGUGGCCCCCCGAACUCCAGCUGUAGAGGGCCUGACAGAGGUGGAGGAAGAAGAGCUUCGGGCUGAGCUUGCUAAGGUGGAAGAAGAAAUUGUCACUCUACGCCAGGUCCUGGCAGCCAAAGAGAGGCACUGUGGAGAGCUGAAAAGGAGGCUGGGCCUCUCUACUUUAGGGGAGCUGAAGCAGAACCUGUCUAGGAGCUGGCAUGAUGUGCAGGUCUCUACUGCCUAUGUGAAAACGUCUGAGAAACUUGGAGAGUGGAAUGAGAAAGUGACCCAGUCUGACCUCUACAAGAAGACUCAAGAAACCCUUUCACAGGCAGGACAGAAGACAUCUGCUGCCUUGUCCACCAUGGGCUCUGCCAUCAGUAGGAAACUCGGAGACAUGAGGGCUCAUCCGUUCUCACACUCCUUUAGCAGCUACUCCAUCCGUCACUCGAUAAGUAUGCCGGCCAUGAGGAACUCUGCAACCUUCAAGUCAUUUGAAGACCGAGUGGGGACCAUAAAGUCUAAGGUUGUGGGUAGCAGAGAGAAUGGCAUCGAUAACCUCCCUUCCUCACCUGGAAGUGGUGACCAGCCAUUACCGGAUCAUGCCCCUUUCUAAGCUUGUCAUAGCUUAUCAUCCACAGAAUACAGAAGCACACCCUCAUCAUCACAGCUGCAACUCUGCAUGACAGAGCAACCAGCCAGGGCCAGUGAAGAGCUGGUUUUGAAGACAGUCAUAUCCAUCUACAUGCAGAUGUGGCUGCUACCUUGGCAUGAAUUAGAGAACAGUCAUGUACAUAAAUGUUUUACACUAAAGCUCAUAGAUGAAGCAGA